AUGAUGCAAUUGGAGCUCGGCGCGGCCGUUUUGGCUGCUGUCCUCGGCAUUGGGACUGUCUCAGCGUUGGACAAUGGCCUCGCCCGCACUCCCCAGAUGGGAUGGAAUACCUGGAGUUCCUUUGGUUGCGACCUCAACGCUAAUGUCAUCCUGGACACGACCCGGAAGAUCGUCCAAUACGGCUUCAAGGAUAUUGGCUACGAGUAUAUCAUCCUGGAUGACUGCUGGUCGGACGGCCGCAACGCCACGGGAUACCUGCAGCCCAACAUGACCAAGUUCCCUGACGGCAUUAAGGGCCUGGCCGACCAGAUCCACGACUUGGGCAUGAAGAUCGGCAUCUACUCCAGCGCCGGCACCAUGACCUGCGCGCGCUACGCCGGCUCCCUAGGCCACGAAGACCAGGACGCCGCCGUCUGGGCCGAAUGGGGUGUCGACUACGUCAAGUACGACAACUGCUUCAACGAGGGUGAGGAAGGCACCGAGAAGCUGUCCUAUGACCGCUAUAACGCCAUGAGCAUGGCCCUCAACAAGACCGGCCGGCCCAUGCUGUACAGCAUGUGCAACUGGGGUGUCGACGGCCCGUGGCUCUUUGGUCCGACCAUCGCCAACUCGUGGCGCAUCACGGGGGACCUGAUCGACACCUUUGACCGGGAUGAUCCGCAAUGCCCUUGCGUCGAGAAGGAGGGCCUGGACUGUAAGGUUCCUGGCUUUUACUGCUCCUUGAUGAACGUGGUGAACAAGGUCGUCUACUUCCCCUCCAAGGCCUUUCCCGGAGCUUGGAACGAUAUGGAUCUUCUGCAGGUUGGGAACGGUGCAAUGACUGACGAGGAGUACAUCACCCACUUCUCGAUCUGGGCCGCCAUGAAGUCCCCGAUGAUCAUGACCAACGUGUUCGCCGAGAUCGACGCCCGCACGCUGUCCAUCCUGCAGAACACGGCCGUGCUGGCCGUCUCGCAGGAUUCGGCCGGCUCCUCUGCGACCCGUCGCUGGCGCUACUUCGUCAAUGACACCGACAGUUUCGGCCAGGGCGAGAUCCAGCUCUUCACGGGCCCGCUCUCGGGCGGCGACCAACUGGUACUGUUCCUCAACGCGGGCACCCGGGAUCGAGACAUGAACGCUACGCUCGAGGAGAUCUUUUGGGAGAGCGGGGUGGGCGGCAGAGCGCCGCAGGUCCGGGAGGCGUGGGAGAUUUAUGACCUAUGGGCGGAUCGGCUGUCGAACGCCCAGGCGGCAGGCAUCAUUGCGGGCAACGCCACGAUCCCAUUCAACAUGACUGCGCACGGCGGCUCGCCCAGGGAGGUCUACGCGCAGACGCCGCCGUCCAACAGCACGGCACUGAUGGGCACCAAGGUCGGGACGGUGUCACCGGGCGGGAAAGUCACGGUGAAUGUGAAGGCACACGGGGUGGCGAUGCUGCGAAUGAGACAGCAGCCUGGCGGGGACAAAGAUGAGCUCUGA